AAUGAGAGGAAAGAAAGGGAGGGGUUUGUGGCAUAUGUUAAUGCCGUAUAUGCAGAGCUAGAAUCUUGAUCCCCUACACCGAAUCUGACACGCGCCCUCCACACUCCCUAUUUACCCUUUUCUCCUUCGUCUCUCCCCACUUUCCCAUCCAUUUUUCCAACAAUACCCAGGUAAUUUCUCUUCACCUUUCUGCAUUUCUUAAUCUCUCUGCAUCCCCCUUUUCUCCUUUCACUGAAUUUUAUACAGAUAUUUCUGUUUAAAUCGCCAAAAAUAUUCUUUUGGUUCUUCUUAGCAUGUGCCACUUUUGGUAUUCUGUACGAAAGUGGUAAUAAGGGAAUAAAGUGUUAAUUGUAUUUUCACCUAAGUCGGGGGGAAAAAAAAAAGAAGAAGCAUGGACUCAAUAUUAUGCAAUCAUGGCUAUUGAACUUCGAUUAUCGAAUCAAAUAGAGUUUCAAGUUGGUGUUGUUAUGAUAUAAUCCUUCAUUUGAUUUCUUAGGGCCCAUUUGGAUUAAGUAAUUUCAAGCCCUCGCUAGUGUUGUUGAAGAUUUUUAUUUGCCCUCUGCCUGUGUGAACUUUAUCAACGCCUGUCUCUAGAUGUUGGGUGGUAUAGCUUCUGCUGCCAUAUUCACCAAUCAAACUGCACUACUAAACAAUGACUUUCAAGUUUCCUCAUUCUUGGUUGUUAGAUCUUCCAACCAGUCCAGGAAGUAUUCAAUUCCACAACCUUUCUUCAAAACUCCUGGCUUUAGGGAACAUAUUUUCCAAUUCGUAGCCAGUAACAAUGGAAGCCUUGCUAGAAAGAAUAUCAUCUUUGCCAUUCCAAAUGAAAGGGAUGAUACUGAAAAAGAAGGCUCAGAUUACUAUAUUAAUUAUCCGGUCAUCGUUGAUCAGAAAGAAGAUAGGAGUUCUUGUGCACCAGGGAUGAGAACACCUUUUCCCUUGUUGCCAUGUGGUGAACUUAUUCCUAGAAGUAAUGAGAUCAAUGAUAAAGAAGACGGCCUACUUGCUAAGCUGAUGGCUGUUCAUUUGCAUGUAUUGGCAAUGGAACAAUGGAAUAGUUCCAAACUUAAAAUGUCCCACAAGUAUGUUUUCUUUUCUUUUAAUAUUUUCCUUUACAGUAAAAGGAUAAAAUGUAUUUCCCUUUAUAUUGCGAGAUAAUAAAGGUCUGUUUACCCUCACUUUUUCUCCUCUCUCAAACUUCCAUAAGGAGAAAUUCCAGCAGAUAAAGUUAUCAUAAGACAAGAAAUAACAGUGUAAAUUGAAACGUGCAGAAAGGAUGUGUCUGAAAGAACUAGUGUGAGGGUUUUUGGUAU